CACAAGUUGAAGAAUCAAAGGUCAAUCCUUAAUUACUUUUCCAUGAUGUUUUGUCCAGACAUGCAAAAAGUGCAAAAGUCAAUCAAGUCAUCAACAUGAUUCAUAGCACGAAAUCCAUAGUGUUCUAGCAUUUUAGUUUCUAGAAUCUAGAAGAAUGUACAAAAGAUACAUCACGCGUAUCGCGUACACCGUAUAUAACCAUUUGAAUUUGACCACAUUUGUACUUUUGUACAUUCCACAAGCCACAAGUUCACAAGUACAUCGUGUACAUGUACAUGAGCGUACCAGUAUGGUAUAAUCUGUAGUACAAGGUACCGUUGCAAGGUACAAGUCGUACAAGUCUACAAUGAGACAGAUAUCCGAGACUCAUCGUAUCCCGAAUUAGUCCACAUAUGUGGGCUGUCAAGUGUUGAAUUAGAUUAACUGAUUUAUGCUUGAAUAGCUUUAGAAUUUCCAUCUAUCCAUCCAUCAUAUGUUUCAAGUUACUCUCAUUUCCAAAAAUACCCGGAAAAUAACGAACCCAACUUCUUGUUUAUGCGGCUUGGAAAAGGUUAUAUUCCAUAGUUUGAAUUUACCGCUUCAAUGGCAUCUUCUAGAAUGUUUCUGAUUGGCCAAUAAUCGAUAACCUGACAUUUGACAAAAAUCUCCGGAAACUUCUCAAAACGGAGCCGGUUCGUAAUCGUAGUUUCAUCGAUUUUCCCCACGUGAAGUUUAAAAAGUUAAAUUUAGUCAUUUUUGUAUAAAAUAUGUUGUCUGCAGCUCGUGUCAUCAGCAAAAAAGCUCUUGAUUGCUCAAGAGUAAACUUCGAAAGUGCCAGUAAACGAAAUUUCGGACAUUUGUUGAAUAAGAGCUUGUGCCCUACCUAUUCCUUACAUCCCAAGUAUGAUGGCCAUUUACGGAACAAGUCAGAGGGAGUUAAAGGUGCCGUCAUUGGCAUUGAUCUGGGCACAACAAACUCUUGUGUUGCUGUCAUGGAGGGUAAACAGCCAAAGGUUAUUGAAAAUGCAGAGGGAUCCAGGACCACUCCUUCAGUAGUUGCAUUCAGCAAAGAUGGGGAAAGAUUGGUGGGUAUGCCUGCCAAGAGACAGGCUGUCACAAACUCUGCCAACACAUUCUAUGCCACAAAGAGGUUGAUUGGUAGAAGGUUCGAAGAUGAGGAGGUCAAGAAAGACAUGAAAACCGUUUCAUACAAAAUUGUGAAAGCUUCCAAUGGUGAUGCCUGGGUGCAAUCUAGUGAUGGCAAGAUGUAUUCACCGAGUCAAAUUGGCGCAUUCAUCUUAAUGAAGAUGAAGGAAACUGCUGAAGCUUAUCUUAAUACUAAGGUUAAAAAUGCAGUCGUCACAGUACCAGCAUACUUCAAUGACUCCCAGAGACAAGCUACCAAAGAUGCUGGUCAAAUUUCAGGCUUGAAUGUACUUAGAGUAAUCAACGAACCAACUGCUGCUGCAUUGGCCUAUGGCAUGGACAAAACUGAUGACAAAAUCAUUGCUGUAUAUGACUUGGGAGGUGGUACUUUUGAUAUAUCAAUCCUGGAGAUUCAGAAAGGAGUAUUUGAAGUAAAAUCCACAAAUGGUGAUACUUUCCUUGGUGGCGAAGAUUUUGACAAUGUACUUGUCAAUCAUCUGGUAUCAGAGUUCAAGAAGGAACAAGGAAUUGACAUCACUAAAGAUCCAAUGGCAAUGCAACGUCUGAAGGAAGCAGCAGAAAAAGCAAAGAUCGAAUUGAGUUCCUCAUUGCAAACAGAUAUCAACUUACCUUAUCUCACUAUGGAUGCUUCUGGCCCAAAACACAUGAAUUUAAAAUUAUCACGAGCCAAAUUUGAAAGCUUAGUAGAUGGUCUGAUCAAGAGGACUGUUGAGCCUUGUCAGAAGGCUCUCAAGGAUGCUGAAGUCGCCAAGAGCGAUGUUGGAGAAAUUUUACUUGUUGGAGGUAUGACUAGGAUGCCGAAGGUUCAAAGUCUAGUGCAAGAGGUGUUUGGCAAGCAACCAAGUCGCGCUGUGAAUCCUGACGAAGCUGUUGCCGUCGGUGCUGCAGUGCAAGGUGGUGUUCUAGCUGGAGAUGUAACAGACGUUCUUUUGCUUGAUGUUACACCCCUAUCAUUAGGUAUUGAGACCCUUGGAGGUGUAUUCACUAGGCUUAUUACCAGAAACACGACGAUCCCGACGAAGAAGAGCCAGGUGUUUUCAACAGCUGCUGAUGGCCAAACUCAAGUGGAAAUCAAAGUCUAUCAAGGUGAAAGAGAGAUGGCGAACAACAACAAGCUGUUAGGUCAAUUUUCUCUAGUGGGCAUCCCACCUGCGCCUAGAGGAGUACCUCAAAUUGAGGUCACAUUUGACAUCGAUGCUAAUGGUAUCGUGCAUGUAUCUGCUAGAGAUAAAGGUACUGGUAAAGAACAACAGAUUGUGAUCCAGUCAUCUGGAGGCUUGAGUAAGGACGAGAUUGAAAAUAUGGUAAAGAAUGCUGAACAAUACGCACAACAGGAUAAAGUCAAGAAGGAAAGAGUUGAAGCCAUCAACCAAGCUGAAGGUAUCAUUCACGACACAGAAACGAAAAUGGAAGAGUACAAGGAUCAAUUACCAAAGGAAGAAUGUGAUAAAAUUAAGGAAGAAAUUGGUAAAGUUAGGGAACUGUUAGCUAAGAAAGAUGAUGCGGACCCAGAAGAAGUUCGCAAAGCUACCACUACUCUCCAACAGUCAUCACUCAAAUUGUUCGAGAUGGCUUACAAAAAGGCGUGGACACACCAUUCAACAGAGAGACAUCGUAAUCACCACGUGGCUUUCGACAGCGUCAAGAAGAGUGGAAACAGUGUGCUAAGGUAAUAAAGGGGUGUGAAGCCUAAGUGUCGAGAAAGGCGGGCUAUCUACUACAGCCAUUGCAUCACAAAUGUAUUUCAGAUUCUGCGCAUGUGGUAUCUCCCUAAUGGACGUAAAACGGAGACAACUUCAGUUUUGAUGAAUUGCAAGUAGAAUAUAUCUGUAUAUAUUGUUUAAAAACCCUGCGCACUACAUAUUCAAUAGUCACGCCCUCCUUAUCGACAGUAUUUUCUUCAUACAAAUACGUGUCAGUUUUCCCGCCUGUUUCCAGUCUUCUGGGAUUGUGCGGCGGGGCUGUUAUGUAAAAAACGUAUAACACGUAAAAAAAUAAAACGUCAUCUUGCAGACUAGUUAGUUCUUAGGGUGCAAAUAGUUAAUUCCACGUUUGCUCGCUAUGAUCGCUGUGAGCGUCCGUCAUCCAUGGAGGAAUGACUCGGCUACACGCAUUGUUGGUUGCAGAAAGCAAGUGUAUGUUAUGUGAAGCCGAGUAGUCUGUAGUGUUUAUCUCUGAGAAGAUGUGAAAGAAAGUUGUUUGAAUAGCAAGAUCGCAGCUGUUGAUUAUGUGUAUUGGUCUGAGUGUAUAUAAAAUCAGUGAUAUUUGCUAUGUGAUAAAAUUACUACUGAAUAUGCUGCCAA